AUGAAGGACGGUACCGGAGCAGCAGGGCCGGCUCCUUCCCGCGGGGACGUGUACGCGGACUACGUCAAGUGUUACCUGGAGGAGCGGGCAGAGGUCGGGCCGUGCCGCGACCCCCAGCUGCUGAAGAGGGCGGCUCAGUAUCUACUGAGCGAGGCGGAGACCGGCGGGACUUUCACAAUGUUCCCCUUUUACCAGGCUGUGACUGAGCGCUGUGAGGCUCAGAGCGACUUCAGGAAACACCUGUCCGCCUUCAUCAGAGCCUCAGAAGUGCUGGAAACUCUGUGCGUCAACCUGUUCCUCCAGCCAUGGAAGAAGGAAAUCAGGACACUAAAGACAUUUACGGGUCCAUUUGUUUACUGUCUUGAGCCAGUUUUCAGCAAUUCCACCAUACAGUCUGUCCUGGCCUCCAUUGGUUAUGUGCCUCAUACAGACCCCAAACAAUGUGAGUACAGGCUCAGUGAGGAUGUUAAUGCAGACAAAGCCAUGCUCGUUGGUUUUGAGCUGCUCUUGGCCAGAGUGGAAUGUAACCACUUCCUGGAACUUCAGGAGGAUCAACUGAGACCACAGGAGUGGCUCGAUGUUCUUCAGAGACGAGAGCGAGCUGUGAAACUGACUGAAUGCACGCAAAACAGGACGGCAACGGAACAAACGGAGGACGAGGAGGAAAAGAAGACGGAGGAGGAUAAAAAAGAGGUACUGUACUUGGACACCAGGCUUGUAACAACCCCCCAGCCUAAGCCUCAGCAUUACCACCUCUGCAGUGUAGACCCGUCUAUUAUGGAGAUGCAGAGGACCUACCCUGACCUGGCCAUCAGGGGCCGGCCCCUGCUUCCAGACAAGCCCCACAAAGUCUGCAGCAGCACUAAAGCUGUGAGUGCCGCUGACCUGCCCAAGACAGAGUGCAGCGAGAAUCCCUGCACUGCUGUUGCACCUGUGCUCACUACCAACGACGACGGCAAAGCUCAGCAAAGUUUGGACGGCAGUCGGAGAGGCAGGAACAGUGGAGGGGCAAGCGCUCCAGGGGACACCGGCAGCGACACCCACAGAAGCAGAGUGGAUGAUGAGCUCAGUGGCCCCAAGGCCAUUUCCCUCCACAUCACACUCAGAGCAGGAGCCACAGCACAGCCUCCAACACAGCACGACACUGGGACACAAGACGAGAGUCCGGUCAAGUCAGACCUUUCCUCUCUCAGCUCCGUGGAUGAGGAGGAGCAGGAGCUGAGAGGGUUGGUGGAGUGGAUGGGACAAGUGCAGGAAAAUGAACAUGAGACAACAAGAAAAGAGGGGGACAACACAAACCAAGACAGGAGGAAACAAAUAAGAAAAGCAAACACAGAAACAAAAAAGAGAAGCCUCAGGAAGCCAGUGGUGGGAAAAGCUUCAGCGCUGAGUCAUGACGACGGCACACACACGAGACCGCAACAGUGUGACGCGACAGUGACGAACCAGCAGCCCGCCGAGUGUCAGCCCUCGCCUCCAGCCGACAGUACGGCAGACACCCAGAGGCAGCGGGAAGGAGAUCCAGGUGGUUCUGGAGACGAGGACGCUGGCCCAGCAGAGGAGGAGCAGGUGGCACAGAGCUUUGUUAUAGUGGAACAAUGCAGAGACUGAAGAGCAGGUGGAAACAAGCUGAGCCGAGGUGUAAGUGUGCUGUGGGAGUGUUCUUCCUUCUCUCACUUUGACCCUGUUCUGCUGUCCAGCUGCAGAGCGCCACACAGAUCCAGUCACGUUCAUUUGUCAAGAUGACGCUUUCAUAGUUUCAGUGUAUUUGGGCAGCUUUAUGCUGGAUGCCCUUCCUGACACAACCUCCAAGGCAGUUUUGUCUUCAGCUGGAAUUGAACCUGCAACAUUUUGAUUUGCAAGGGAAUGUGUUAACCGCUAAAUCAUCGGAGGCACUCUGAAGAGCAAAACGUGCGUUACUGCUAGGUGGUUGAGCUAAUUAACCAGUAUGUUGUGCUAUUUACAGCAGCCUCAUAAUUUGACCCCUCCUCACGAACGGCAGCUUUCUGUCUGUUUCCAACGAUGGAAGUGUGUUUACAAUGAUCAAAGAUCUUCUUUCGUGCAGAUAAAGCACAGAUAGUCUUAUCAUCAUUUUUUUAUAAAAUGUUAAAUUGUGAUUGUUGUGCCUAAAUGACCAAAAUCAAAGCUGUAUACCUUUGGUAUAUUAUUAAAGCCAUAUAAUGUAAACUUCUUGAAUGCAUCAAUAAAUAAUCAUGUUUUAUUUAAAAUAAAUGAAUAAAUUAAAAGAAAAUGAA